AUGCCCGCCUCAGCCUCCGCCUCGGGCGCCUCGGCGUCCCAAAACGACGCGCGCAACCGGCGCGAGCACAACCAAGGCAACCAAGAGCGCAAAUACACGGUCGAGCAAAAAGCCGCGGUCCUCCGCAUCCGCCGAUGCGAAGCAACCGCCUUCUACGAGAUCCUCGAGCUACAAAAGACGUGCUCGGACGGGGAAAUCAAAAAGGCCUACCGCAAGCUCUCGCUGCUGACACACCCGGACAAGAACGGCCACGAGCAUGCGGACGAAGCGUUCAAGAUGGUGGCGCGCGCGUUUAGUGUGCUGGGGGAUAAGGAGAAGAGGGAUAAGUUUGAUCGGUUUGGGACGGAUCCGGAUAGUCGGUUUGCGAGUGCCCAGGCGCAGGCGCAGCAGAAUCCGUUUGCUGGGUUUGCGAGGAGACCCGGGGGAGGUGGGGGUGGUGGUGGUUGGGGGGAGGAGGAGAUUAGUCCGGAGGAGAUGUUUGCGAGGUUCUUUGGGGGAGGGGGGUUUGGAGGGCCGUUUGGAGCUUUCGACGGCGGCGGACCACAAUUCGUCUUCAACUUCGGCGGACCCGGCGUCAGGGUACACCAAUUCGGCGGCGCGCGACCACGAGCACGCCCGCGGAACCCCGGGCAACCCGAGCCGCCAGCCAGCGCAUGGAGCACCAUCAUCGGGCUCCUCCCCAUCAUCAUCCUCAUCCUCUGGCCGCUCCUCUCCUCCAUCACCUCCGUCCUCACCACCCCCUCCACCCCAGUCACCCCCAGCAUGGCCUUUGACGAACCCAACCCGCCGCUGUACACGAUGGAGCGGACGAUGCCGCAUUUCGGCGUCAAAUACUACCUCAACCCGGCAGACGUGCAGGCGUACAGCGCGUCGAAGCUGGCGUCGCUCGAUAAGCGCGCCGAGGUGGUCAUGGUGCAGGAGUUGCGGAUUAAGUGUGAGAAUGAACUGUCGCACAAGCAGCAGCUGCGGAAUGCGGCGCAGGGGUGGUUUUUUCAGGAUCCGGAUAAGAUGGAGGUUGCGAAUACGUUUGAGAUGCCGGCUUGUCGGAGGUUGCACUCGAUGGGGGUAUAG